GGAACACGCAAGACAAAUUCACAUGAGGACCUCCAUGAAAAUACUUUGAAAACCCACAUAGAAUUUGAAUUAAGACACAGAUAGGCAAUAUAUAGUUAGACAGACACACUCAGACGGACAAAACAUUUCAAUGGAUAAUUGGAGGUCCCUGGCGGCAGUCCUGGUGUUCUUUGCAUUGUUGGAAAUCUACCACGGAUUUCCUUUUAAUGUGAAUUCUGAGACAAGGACACCAGACAACUGGCAGGACGAGAGCCUGGACAGCGCUGCAGUCAGUAAAAUGGCAGACAUGAUGAAAAGAUCCAAAGCCCUGCGCUUCUACGGCCUGAUGGGGAAGCGCUCAGGUUCAAGGCAGCCGAUACAAAUGAACAGACGACGCAACAAAGGAGAGAUGUUUGUGGGCCUGAUGGGGAGAAGCAUCACCAGCGGAGGUAAGACACACAACGCUUCGAUUCUCAAGGCAACUUUAUUGAUAGAUGCAUGAUGUUCUAUGCUACAACCAAGCUUAAAAAACGAUUAAUUUUUCCUGAAGAAUCGUGGUUGGUCUGUUCAAAGGAGUUUUUUUUGGCUUGUUGCAGAAUCCUUGACUCAAAUCCUCCCGGGGGCAUCGCGGGCCAUCGGCUGUGUCCAAGGAGUCCCAUGAGCCGGUGGGUGUCCUGCCAGCCCCAACACCUGAGACUGUGGGUUCUUUUCCGUUUGUGACCCUGGCCUUCAGUGGUCAGA